GGGACUGCGCAGGGCUGGAGGGCCGGGCGCGCCGGGCGCCCACACUCACACCGCAGCCACCGCGGCCGCGGGGGAACUGAAACCCAGAGCGGCCGACCUUGGGCCUCGGCUGGAGCCUCCCGUCGCGGCGGCUCGGAACCGGUGCCCGGGACGGGCCGCCCUCGGAGCGCAGCGAGCCCUGCCUGGCGCGACCCGCACCUCCCUACCGGUGCCCGUCCACCUGCCGCGAUGACUAGCUUCCCAACCACGCCUCCUCCACCAGAAGAACUGAUGGCUACCACAAUUCUACAGGCCACUGAGGUCCAGUCCUCAGAAGCUGAAGCCAGCACAGCUCUCAUUGCAGUUGUUAUCACCGUGGUCUUCCUCACCCUGCUCUCAGUCGUGAUCUUGAUCUUCUUUUACCUGUACAAGAACAAAGGCAGCUACGUCACCUACGAACCCGCAGAUGGCGAGCCCGGCGCCGUUGUCCUGAUGGAGAAUGACUCAGCCAAGGGCAGGGAAAAGGAAGAAUAUUUCAUCUAAUGGUUCCCAGUUCCCAGGUUCCCAGGAGCUUAUCCAGGUUCCAGUGCUAACACACUAUUCAUUAGGUGAAAGUUUUACCUGAAACCGGUGAGGAGCAUCCAUUGAUAUGGGUAGACCUGAGCUGCUUCCAGGACGCGGGCCUAAAUGCCAGCAUCACUGUCACCGUGGACUGGGGACACGAAGCCAGCUGCUCACGUCUCUGGCCAGGCCUGUCACACAGCUUCUGACUCAUGAGUGAGAUGGAGCCGUACUGGGCAACACUGGCUGGAGUAUACGCCCAGUCAUCUUCACUUUUUUCGCAGGCUGAAGGGAAGAAGAGAGUCAAGGGUCUCUGGAUGCUCCUCUGCCCUUUCCUGGUCACCUAGUGACCACCCGAGUGGAAGGAGUACCCUUGAUUAUUCCCAGAGGUGGGACACCACAAAGAAAGGCCAGGCCAGCAGGGCCAGGAGACCGUGGAGACCUCCCUCCUGAUGAACAUGCCACGUCCCUUAAUCUGAGCCCUUCCUCUCCUUAUCCCCCAACAAUCCAGACAUAUGCUAUUUUUAUUAGAAUUAAAAUCAUUUGUUGAUACAGAAA